AUGUCUUUGCAGAGCGCGUCAGACGUGCCCCUCGUCAUCACCUCCCCAAACUCUUCUUCCGAGCGCCGCAUUUCUCCCUCUUGGACCAUCGCACAUCUCAAGACGCGUCUAGAACCCAUCACCGGUGUACCAGCGAGCAGUCAGAGUUUAUCGCUGCGGUUUGCUUCCCAGGAUGCUGUCGCCCUCGCUGCAGAUGACGAAGAGCAGACACGCCUUGCAGCCUUUCCGUUGCAACCGUAUGCAGAGAUAACGGUCACAGAUACACGCCCGCCGGGCGCUCGAACAGACUUCACUGAUCUGUCAGCCGUAGAGAAGUAUGAGAUGCCUGCGACGGAAUAUGAGUCACGAACGGACAGCGUACUUGCCUGGAAGAAAGCGCAGAAGCUCGGCCGAUUUGACCCGGACGCUCCCAGUAUUGAACAACAAAAGAUUCGUGCUUCGGAACGGGAGGUUGAAGAAAGAGGAUUAUCACUCUCUUCACGUGUACGCCUCCUACCCGAAUCGGACGCGCGCAGAGGCACCAUCUCCUACAUCGGGCUCGUUCCUGAGAUUCCUGGCAUUGGCGUCUGGGUCGGAGUCACCCUGGAUGAACCAACCGGCAAGAACGACGGUACAGUCAAGGGCAAGCGAUACUUUGAAUGUGGCAACAACCAUGGCGUCUUUGUGCGACCUGGACGAUGUGAGGCAGGGGACUUCCCGGUCUUGGACUUGGGCGAUGAGGACAUGGAGGAACUGUGA